AUGGGCAACCCCACCGCUCCACCCCCGUCGUACGAAGAGACCAUCGCCGCUGGGCCGGUCACCCCUCAACUACCGCAGCCUUCGGCGCCCUCUACGACCAACCUACCUCCCCCUCCUUCUCCUGUCCCUCGACCCAGCUCCAAUCAAGCCACCUCCGACGCGGAAGACAAGCGCAGCGUCAUGCUGGACCCCGCCCUCAGCGAAGACCCGUCCGCCCUACACGCGUUGAUCGUGCGCCAAGCCCGGACCCCUCCGCGACCGUAUCUGACCGUCCGCGGCUCCCACACCGAGACCCGCGAGGAGUCCACUAGCACCGACAGCACCAGCAACAACAAGAGCACGCGGAACGAGACGGUCGUCGACUUCGACUUCAAGAUCGAUCUCUACAAGUACAUGGUCCGCGACUACGACGCGGAUCGCGAUGGCUGGCGGGUGUGCAGUGUGGUCCGCGAUGGGGACGGGCAGAAGGCGUAUCGCGGGGGUCGGUCCCGGUCGGAGACCUGGGCCGGUCACCCGCGUCGAUCUGGCGGAGGACAUGUGGAGGAUGCGUCCGAGGGGGAGAUUGUGGGUCUGGUGGGCGAAGAAGGCGAGGAACCUGGAUUGAUGGGCUGGUGUGACCGGUUCUGUCUGGAUCCCGGGCCGGUCAAGUCCUUUCGCUUCACGAGGAGCAUUGUCGGCUUCGACGUGGCCACCCUCCGCUCCCUCCUUAUCUCCCACCUCCGCAGUCUCAACUAUCACGGCAAUAUCGAUAUCUCCAUCACGCUCGCCAAUCAGGAGCUGACGAUCUACUCGCCGCACUGGAUCAAUGAGCUGCGCAACAACUCCUUCGCCUACUGGUUCUGCAUCAUCCUGCAGCUCUGGAUCAUCACCUGGCCCGUCAUUUGGUUCCUCGAGCAUCGCUACGACGUCGUCCGCGCAGUGUGGUACUUCUCCCGCGUCCGGGGGUCGCAGACGGUCUAUGCGUGUCAUCGCGAUGAGGCGGCUAUCGCGAAGGAGCUGGCACCCAUCGUCACGCAGGCGGCGUGGGAGCGACGGAGGAAUGGAAAGAUGCUGAGUGCACACGAGAUGGAUCUGCUGCGGCAGCUGGGGGCGGAAGGGAGCCAACGUCGCGUGGUUAUGGUGUCUUGGGACCACAUUGGUGGGUGGGGGAGGGAUUCCUAA